AUACAAGCAGCAGCACAAACAACAAACAAAUGCUACUUCCUUUUCCUUCCUUUUAGCUUCUUCUUCUUCUUCUUCUUCUUCUUCUUCCCCUUUCCCCCUUUGCGUAGUACAACACCACACCCAUCUUCCAUUCAUUCACCUCAAAACCCUAAUGGAAAGAUCUACCAUCAUUAACCCUUCAUUAUCAAAUGACAAGCUCUUUGAUGCGUCGCAAUAUGCUUUUUUCGGUCAAGAUGUUUUGGAAAAGGCUGAUUUUGGUUGUUUGGAAGUUGAAGAAGAAGAAGAUAAGCCUCUGAAUGGAGUUGGUGAUGAUGAAUACCGAUUGUUCGAUAGAGAUGAGGAAUCAGGGGUUGGGUCUCUAUCAGAGUUGGAUGAUCUGUCUACUAUAUUUUCAAAGUUAAACCGAACAGUUAGUGGACCUAGGCAUCCUGGAGUCAUUGGUGACCGUGGAUCAGGAUCCGGAUCCAUUUCAAGGGAAAGUUCAUCUGCCUCUGAAUGGUUACAAGAACGAGAAUUAUCCGACUGGUUGGAUCAACAUAUCUCCGACACUGAAAACUACCAAGGAAACAGAAGAUGGUCAUCACAACCUCAUCUUCACUCCGAUUCAAAACCGUUGUACAGAGCUACAUCGUACCCUCAAGAACAACAUCAGUUCUUCAGUGAAUCUCUUUUACCACCUAUCGGCCAAACCAAUAUCUCCUCGCCACAUCAGCAUUCACAUCUUCUGAAUCGUUCCGCCACUAACCCUCAGUUACCUUUUUUAGAUAACAACAAUAGUCUGCAUUUAAGCGGGGGCCUUCAUCGAUCCCAAGGUUAUAACGGAAGUGGGUCCCACCUAAUCCCUUCCGGUUUUUCCCGUUACUCUCAGCCGCAAAACACAUGGGCUAAUCACAUGCUACAUGUUGACCAUGCGGGUUUAUUAAGCAACACUUUCCAGCAAAAAAUGCUUCAUAACGGGUCGCUGACCCCACAUUUCAUGCCGCCACAUCAUCACUCGAUUGGUCCUUUCUCUCCGCUCCAGCUGUACUCGCUACAUUCUCAUCCCCUACAUUUAAGUAACCACAAAACGAAAACGACUCACAAAAGCGGUGGCGGUCGGCACGGUAGUGGACGUCUUACCCGUCAUGGCUCGGAAGGUAGUAAUAAGAAAAGUGAUAAAUUUCGGGUACAAUUUAGUUCGAAGUAUAUGAAUUCUGAAGAGAUUGAAUCUAUCCUUAAGAUGCAGCAUGCUGCAACUCAUAGCAACGACCCGUAUAUAGACGACUAUUAUCACCAAGCCCGUGUUGCUAAAAGUACUUCCGAUUCAAAAUCAAAAACCCGUUUCUGUCCAGCUCAUAUUAAAGAUUCUUCUUCUUUGAAAUCCUCGCGUAAUAGUACGGAAACUAAAAGUAGUUUUAACAUUGAUGCUCAUGGAAGGAUAUCACUUCCGUUCAUCCGUAGGCCCCAGCCGCUUCUUGAAGUUGACCCGCCAGCUGGCACUGAAGGAAAAUCAUCUGACAGACCAUUAGAACAAGAACCGAUGUUUGCUGCCAGAAUCACAGUCGAGGACUGCCUUUGUGUUCUUCUUGAUGUCGAUGACAUUGAUCGGCUCCUGCAAUUUAAUCCGCCCCAAGAUAACGGUGUUCAAAUGAGACAAAGAAGGAAGAUUCUUCUAGAAGGGUUGGCCACAUCGCUUCAGCUCGUUGACCCGUUCGGAAAAAGGUCAAACCCGGUUGAGUUGACUCCGAAGGACGAUAUUGUCUUUUUACGAAUAGUAUCUCUUCCCAAGGGUCAGAAACUCGUAUCAAAAUAUCUCCAGCUUUUGUCACCAAAGAGUGAGCUGGCACGUAUAGUAUGCAUGACCAUUUUCCGUCAUUUACGGUAUCUAUUUGGCGGUCUUCCUUCUGACCACGAAGCUUCUUUGACCGUUUCUGGUCUAGUCAAAACAGUCUCCACUUGUAUCGGGUCAAUGGAUCUUAAUUCUCUGAGUGCUUGUCUAGCAGCAGUAGUAUGUUCUUCAGAGCAGCCGCCACUUAGGCCACUUGGUAGCCCUUCUGGUGACGGGGCGUCAGUUAUUCUCAAAGCGGUUUUGGAUCGGGCUACUCAAUUGUUAAGUAAUCCGCAAGGUUUGACCGACCCCGCGUCGCAAAACCCAAAGCUUUGGCAAGCUUCAUUCGAUGCUUUUUUCGGGCUUCUUACAAAAUACUGUUUAAGCAAGUACGACAGCUUAGUGCAAGCUAUGCGUACACGGGGUCCACCAAGCACAGAAAUGACCGUUUCAGAUGCGGCUGGAGCCAUCAGUAGAGAAAUGCCGGUUGAACUUCUGCGUGCUAGUCUUCCACACACGGAUAAUAAGCAAAGGAAGAUGUUGGUUGACUUCUCACAACGGUCAAUGCAGGUUGCUGGUCAUAGAGAGACCAGCGGUCAAGUGAACCCUGAGUCGGUAAGAUGAUGAGUUGGAUGUUACGGAAAACAUUGUACAACGGCUUUUAUGUUGGUCCGAAAUGGUGUCUUGACAAAUGACAAGUUUAGGUUAUGAAUGCUUUGUUUGUUUCGUGUUGAUCCUGCAUGGAUGAAGGUGAUGGUGACAAAUGGAAAUAAAUUAAACAUGAAGAGAAAUGAAGUUGGUUUAUGUUGUGUAGUGAAAUUUUUAACUAGCGGGACGACUCUUGUGUACAGACAGACAUCAGGGGUACACCGGUGGGAUUUGAAACGUGAGGCAUGUUUUUUCGUCGCUUCUGGUUUCGUUCCUUAGAACCUUGUAAUGGUCGUAGCUGCUCUUACUCUUAGAUGUUAUAAUCUGCAUUCGAUGCCUUUUGUUUGUGUUUUCGUUGCGAUAGGGAUGCUCACAUUUAAACUUGUUGAACACAGUCAAAGGAUAAUAUGACAUUAUAAUGUUAUAUUAAUAGUUAAUAUUUUUCUUUA